GACGCAUUAAUUAUCACCUUUUCAGUUUCCACUCUAGUAGUCGCAAUUAGUCUUUCUCCAUUUUUGUUCUAUGAUGUAUAUUGGUGGUUAAAUGGAACCGUCUUGUGAUUUUAAACGAGAAGACUUUAUUUUGGCAGACGAUGGCUGAAGGCGUGUGCAUCAAGGACGACCCAGCGGAGACUGAGCCGUUUGAAACCGUGAUUCUACCCAUCAAAGAGGAAUUCAAGAGUGAAGACGAGGCUGAUGGAGACCAGACCUGUGCUGGGACCACGCUUGCUCCUCUAGAGACAGUCGACCGGAGCAGGGUGAAGGUGAAGAAUGAGAUAACCAUCGAAGACUUCCAGGUCUGGGAGCAGCCGGAAGCAGCAGCCUCACCGACAGGGUGCAAGGAAGGAAUUGAAUUGCUGUGGAUGGAGGAAGAAAGGACAGAAGAUGAAAUUGACUCAGAACUAACAGUUGGCAUUAAUAACCAUUCAUUAUCUCUAGAGACUGGGUGCUCAUUUCAGUCUGUUCAUUUGCAGACAUUUAGCUCAAGUUUGGAGAGAAAAAUCAAAGGUCAAAAUUUGAAACAACAGAUCUGUCCUAGAACCAGUGUAAUGCCCAAUGUGAAGAGAUCUUUUUCAUGUUCACAAUGUUCUACUAAGUUUUCUCAAAAGCAAAAUUUAAUUGUACAUUUAAGAACACAUAGUAGUAAGAAGCCAUUCUCAUGUUCAAUUUGUUCUGCCACGUUUAUUAAAAAUAGUUUACUAAAAUGUCAUAUGAGUAUACACACUGGUGAAAAGCCAUUCUCCUGUUCAUUCUGUUGUAUUAAGUUCAGGUUAAAAAGUACUUUGAAAGCACACAUAAGAACUCACACUGGUGAGAAGCCUUUUACAUGUUCACUUUGUUCUGUUAAGUUUGCUAAGAAGUAUAUUUUGAGUAUACACCUUAGAAAACACACUGGUGAAAAGCCGUUCAGUUGUUCACAAUGUUCUUCUAAGUUUACUCAAAUGAGUCGUUUGAAUGCACAUCUCACAACACACACUGGUGAGAAGCCAUUUGUAUGUUCACUUUGUUUUGCGAAGUUUACUAGUAAGAUUCGUUUGAUUGUACACCUCAGAAAACACACAGGUGAAAGGCCAUUCUCAUGUCCAUUAUGUUCUUCAAAGUUUAGGGAAAAUUGUUCACUAAUAGGUCAUAUGAGAACACACACUGGUGAAAAGCCAUUCUCCUGUUCAUUCUGUUCUACUAAGUUCAGGUUAAAGAGUACUUUGGAAGGACACAUAAGAACUCACACUGGUGAGAAGCCUUUUACAUGUUCACUUUGUACUGCUAAGUUUACUAAGAAUUAUUAUUUGACUUUACACCUUAGAAAACACACUGGUGAAAAGCCAUUCUCAUGUCCAUUAUGUUCUGCUAAGUUUAUGGAAAAUAGAUCACUUAAGAUACAUAUGAAAAAACAUUAAUUUUGUGCUGCUAAGGAUUAUAUUUGUGAAAUAUGUCGUUGAACUUUACUUUGUAGCAGAUAUACCUAGUUAUAAAUAAAUCUUAAGGCUGCAAUGUACAACAAAAAGCAGGAAUAUAUCAUACUUUAAAAAUAUAGCACACAAAUGAUUACAUAAUUAAGUUGUCAACUGUAUUUCAACACUACCUCUUAAUCCUUCAUUUUAUAUCUAAACCAAUCACAAACACAUUUUGUUGUUUUGUGCAGUCCUUUAAUGAAGAUGUGUCCAACCAUUUCUUUUGUGGAAAGAUAAUUGAAUACAAUUUGUUUUCAACUACAUUUCUUACUAAAUGAUGAUGCACAUCCAUGUCUUUGGUUCUGUAGUGAAGAAUAGGAUUGUCUGCCAAUUUUUGUGCACUGAAUUGUCUUUCCAUAUUCCAAGUUUUUCCCAAACAGUUCCAUCAAGAGAUCUUUUGUGAAUUUUGCUUCUUGGAUUGUCACACUUUAGCUGCCCCUACUAGAGUAAAAACAUAACCAGGAUAACAUUUUUUUCCUUCUUUAUCAUUUUCCAUAUAUACAUCCAAAAAUUUCAAAUACUUUGUAGCAUUGCAGUACCAUACCCUUCCCAGCUUUAAUAAGUCUUUUUUGAGUUGAAUAAAUGUUAUGUUUUUGUCAUUUAGAUUAAUCAGCUGGUUAUAUCGUUUUAGUGUCAUGGUGGCGUAGUUUUUCGUACUUGUAUUUAUCAUCUGUAUAUUCUUGUAAUUAAUUUUGAUAUUUAGAUAUUUUAUUUAUAAAAGCCAUUAAACUGUGUUGAUACCGGUUUUUCUUUUGUUUGUUAGUGUAGUAUGUGUGUAAAUUUUCUUUUUUCAGUAUAUAUUCAUAUCAAAUAUUGUUUUUAUGGCUAUAUUAUUACAUAUUUAUUUGGUGCAAGCUAUAAUUAAGUUUCUUGAACAUUAUGUACUUGGAAGAGAGAAAAAAAGGACAAGAGACAGGUGCCCUAGUGGUACCCAUUUUUCACCUGCCGAGACAUUCUUGCAUUUUCUGUGUAUAUUCUUAUAAAGGAAAACUCUGCAGGUUGUUCACUCCCACACAAAACUGUCAAUGUUUUCACAUUAUCGCAGCCAGUCAGAAAGAGCUUUGUGUUUUUAAGUUUAUACUAGUUACCCGUCUCGGCUUCACACAGGUGCAAUAUACUAAUAAAGAAAAUGAGACAAAUAUUUAGAAGGAAAAAAUAUAUAUACAUAAUGUUUAGUAUUUAUUUAUUUCAAUGGUUAUUAGUAUUUCACAAAUGAAAAUCUUCUCUAUUCUCUAGUCCUUUUGAUUCAUCCUUCCAUUUCAAAGCACAGCAAUAUUCACAGACAACAGACAUUGUGCCUAUUGAUACAACAGGAUCAUUCUUGUGUUCAAUAUGAGAAUCAGAAUUCAUUGCAGAAUUCAAUUUAUUUGUCCACAAAUUAAUCAUCCUCUGAGAUCUGUAUCCAUCCAUGUCACGACUAAGACAAACCUCACGUUGUUGUAUACUAUUUACAGAUUUGCAGAAAUGCCUAGAUAUAAUGUUACUGAUAGCAUACGUCAUGCUAUUGAUAGGCGUGAAAUAACGAUCCUAACGUUGCUUGACUUUAGUAAAGCAUUUGAUUCAGUAGAUCACAAUAUUAUUGUACGAAAAAUGUCAAUUCAAUAUAAUUUUUCUCAUAGUGUUUGUAUAUGGUUCAAUUCCUACCUAGGUGGUCGUUACCAAUAUGUUUUUCUCAAUACUGAAGUAUCCACAUGGCUCCCAAUAGUAGCAGGUGUUCCUCAGGGUUCAAUUCUUGGGCCUCUUUUAUUUACUAUAUUCAUAAAUGAUCUACCUAAAUGCCUAAAACAUUGCCAAUACCACAUGUAUGCCGAUGAUGUGCAAAUAUAUAUUCAUGCAAAAGCAACCAAUAUCAAUCAGUCAAUUUGUUCUGUCAAUGCUGAUCUCGAUUCUGUUUCUAAGUGGGCAAAAGUUAAUAAACUCAAGCUGAAUGCAAAUAAAACCCAAGCAAUAUUAAUUGGUUCUCCUCAUAAGCUAUCUGAAUUAAUUCCUAACAAAUGCUGUAAUUUAACGCUCCAAGGAGUUGAUAUUCAGUUCUCUAACGUCGUAAGAAAUCUGGAAGUCCUGAUAAACACAACCUUAACCUGGAGGGAGCAGAUAAUGCAAAUAUGUAAGUAGGUACAUUUUUCCCUUCACUGCUUACGACGGUUAAAAAAUUUGCUUCCACUAAGUAUUAAAACCAUGCUUGUUCAAACAUUAAUUAUGCCUCACUUUGAUUACUGCGAUGUCCUCUUUCCUGAUCUAACUGAUAAACUAGCUAAGCGACUACAGAAGCUCCAAAACUGCUGUGUAAAAUACAUUUUUAACCUUAAAUUACGUGAUCAUCUAACCCAGUACUAUCAGCAGCUAAAAUGGCUCACUCUCGCACAAAGAUGCAAAAUGCACAUACUUAUCCUUGCUUAUAAGGUUCUGCAGCAGGUAUCACCUCAUUAUAUGUCAGCCAGUAUUAAUUACCUACAUAGUUACCAUAGCCAUGACAUGCGAUCCACACGCAACCCAAUGCUAUCUAUCCCAGUGCACUCAUCCAAAUGUCUUGUCGGGAUCUUUUGCAACUGUGAGUAGCAGGCUCUGGAAUAAAUUAGACCAAGCGACAAGGCAAACAAAAAAUCUAGCUUCCUUUAAGUACAGGCUGAAAAAACAUCUUUGUAACAACUGCUUACCAUGACCACUUCGCCGCUGCUUGAUUCUGUGUGUGAAUGUGCGAGUGACUGAUUUUAAUGUAGUAGCACCUUUUUUUUUCUUUCCGGUUUUGAUACUAUUUGAUAUAUGUUUAAUUACUUUCCUUUUUAUGUAUGUCUAUGCUUAUUUUUUAAUUACUUAAAAUUAGUUAUGGUUGAAUCUUUUGUAAUAGUUAAUAUUUGAACAUUAAGCUAAAAUUUUAAUUUGUUCUUUUAAUAUUUAGUCAACAUCUGCUUAUAUCAUGCUUAAUUUUUAAUAUUCAACUCUUUGAUGUAAUUGCAGAUAAAUGAAAAAAUAAAUAAAUAAGUACUAUGCUAUGAAUUUU